AUGCCGAUGGCCUUCCGACUAUUCGAUCUUCCGAUUGAGCUUAGGUACCACGUUGCUGUGUCAAUUGUCCCUCCAAAUGCCCUUAGGAACGAUUCCGAGCUGGACAGCUUGCAAGGUUCAGGAGACGAACUGGAAUCCAUUCAAUCUCGUUUUCGGGACCUCAAGAACUUUUCCCUAAUAUGCCGAGCCACAUGGGAACUGUGUAGAGAGAUUGUCCGCCAAGGUGUCGAGUUAAUCGGCGACAAGACACAUACGCGCUUUCUCAGGAAAUUGGAGGACGGUACGCUGCCAGAUUUUAUUCAGAAUACUUCGAAGAUAAAGUUCCUCUCCUUUGGUGGUAUCGUACCUCACAACGACGAAGAACAUGGGUGCGAUCAUUACUGUCCCGAGCUACAAGAGCAAGACAACAGAAUUCGACAGAUUCUCGCCCAUUUCCCAUACAUCACAACCUUACAUCUCGUCAACGUCCCACUGUCAAUACUGACAGUUCAAUCGCUCAUUCCGAUGGUGUCUCUUCGGACGCUAAUUAUAAUCGAUCCUGAUCCAAACUCACACGAAAUGUAUCAUAAUGCUGUCCUCCGACGUUGCCAGAACGAGUGGGACUUGCCGCCAGUAACAACGCUUUCAAUCGUUGCGAGAUAUCUCAAGUUCACCUCGUUAUCACUCAGAGAAUUCCUCGAUGAAUGUGAGAGUCUCGAGUCUCUGUCAGUAGAUUGUCAGGGUUCGACAGAAGAGUCCCUUCCUAUGGUUUACAUCCUAGAGUUACUAGGAUCUCUGGCAGGCGAUGAUGAUCUCAUGUUCAAUUUGCUGGAGUAUGAUUGGAAACACGAUGGUUUCGAGCCGCCACCCUACAUAGACAGUCCUUACAUGCGCGAGGACAAGAUUAUGCUCUCGUCCGUUAUUCACUUCUCCUGCCGUCUCUUCCGCGGUGGGGCAAGCGCUCCAAAACGCAAAAUUGUCGAGCGUCUGCAACUUACUUUCUCUCCUAACAACGAGGAAGCGAGGGUUAUCGACUCGACUCACCUUUUGUAUCUCGUUCGUAGGCGUACGCCGGCGCUAAAUGGACUUAACGCGCAGUCGUUCACAGCGAUAAAUGAAGGGCUUGCAUGA